AUGAAGCUAAGCCUUUGUAGCGUGCUUUUUUCCUUUGUACUGUGCCCCCUCUUCGGAUCAUCCAGGGAAAUACAUGAUGAAGGGCAAAAGGGCGGAGUAGAAAACAACAUGGGGAACGUAACAAUAGAAGUCCUGCCCGCUGAUGAUGAUAAUGACGAUUCGGAGUUAAUCAAUUAUUUGUUGGAUGAACUGAUGGGGGCUACUGAGGGGAGUGAACAAUUCUGA